AACCAGUUUCAAGCACCUUGUACGGAUCCAGGUUUUUGAUAGGUGAGGUUGGAGGAUCGGUCACCCAUCAGUGCUUCUACUCCAUCAUGCCAGCCAACAAAUACGACCGAAAAUAUUGGUGCAAAAUAGCAAGAAGCGGAGUUUGCUACACCGUCAUUUCUACAACCGGCUACACCUCAAAAAACCACACGGGGCGAGUGUCUCUGGAGGAUAUCCCCCAGAACGGCACCUUCACGGUGACGAUGACAGAGCUGAAGAGGAGCGACACGGGGACCUACCGAUGUGGCAUCGGCAACACCAACAGAGACCUGUACGUCAGCCUGAACCUGACGGUUUUGGCAGAUGCCGGCGCAUUGGGGCCGACCAAGCUCUUCCAAGGGGAGCUCCGCGGCUCCGUCACGGUCCUGUGCCCACCUGGGGACACCCAAGGUGGCGAGAAGAGGUUCUGGUGCAAACUGGGGAGAACUGGCUGUGCUCUCAUAGCCGACACCGAUGGCUACGUGGGAAAGAAUUACCAAGGACGAAUCUUUAUCACCCCUCAGGAGAGCUCUGGAGCUUUCAAAAUCUUGAUAAAUGACUUAAAAAAGGAAGACUCAGGGCUGUACAGGUGUGGGACGGGAAGGCUUAGCAGUCAGGACAGCCCACGGGUGGUGGCUCUGCAGGUGACCGCAGCCUCCACUCUUCCCAAGAGACCGAAAUUUCUCAGCGGCACAGUCGGAGGCUCACUGUCCUUGAAGUGCCACUAUGAUCCCAAGGGGAACUACGAGAAGAAGUAUUUGUGCAGGUGGAAGGAAGCUAGCUGCUCACUGCUCGCAGAUGCGGAUGGGUUUGUGCACGAGUCCUACGAAGGGCGAAUACAAAUAGCUGGUGGCGACCAGGACAACGGGACUUACACAGUGGUGAUGAGCCACCUGAGGGAGGAGGAUGAAGGAUGGUACUGGUGCGGGGCUAAAAACGGGCACACAGAGCACACGUCCUCUGUGAAGCUGCGCAUCCAGAAGGAAACCCGCUCUUCACAAGGCCCAGAAACAUCCACUCUUGUGAAACCCACUUUAUCAAGUCGGGCCAUCUACAGCACACCCACGCAGCGGAGCAUCACGGGCCUGACGUACACGACAGGCACUGUCACCGAGAGGACCAGCACCCUGCUGCCCACUGCCCCCCCCAGCACCUUUGUAACCUCCCCAAAUGAAAUCCAUCACGAGAGGAUAAUCUAUGCUAUCCUUGGAAGAUUCAGGAUGACCAACUUAUGUGUAAGAGUCUCUGUCUUCUAG